CGAUUGCGCCGAGGUACUUCCGGAAACUUGUUACCACCUCUUUCCACGAUAAUGGGCUGAGGUCAGCUAAACUUCAACGUCGAAGAAAGGUGGUGCAAAGAAGAAGAUAGAGUGUCCCAUUUCACUGAUUGCCUGGGCUGUUGUGGGUGACAAGAGUCGAGGAUGGACCACAGCGCUGCCAGCAUCCCCGAGUCUGUCAUCUCCCAGACCAGUGAGGCUUGCUCCAGCGUGGGUGAAGAUCGGUUUGUCGACCAGGAUCGAGCACCAAGUCUCCUCAUCGGAUUCUCCAAACUCUACAAGAACAAGGAGUUUGUGGAUGUGAUCCUAUGUGUCGGGAUGCAGGAGUUUCCCUGCCACAAGAACGUCCUCGCAGUCUCCAGCCCCUUCUUCAUGGCGAUGUUCUCAAACAACAUGGCCGAAAGCCACCAGGAGAAGAUAACUCUGAAGGACAUGGAGUGCCAGACGCUCGCCCUCGUCUUAGACUAUAUUUACACAGGACAGGUUGUGUUGACAGAGGAAUCUGUUCAGAAUCUACUCUCCGCGUCCAAUCUUUUUCAGUUGAUAUCUUUACGCGAUGGCUGUGCUGAGUUCAUGAUGAAUCACGUCACAGUCACAAACUGUAUCGGGGUGUAUUUUUUUGCCAAAUGUCAUGAAUGUGGUGUCCUUGCAAUGAAAGCCAAAGAAAUAAUUAAUAAUAAGUUUUCCACGUUGUGCAAACAGCAAGAGUUUCUCUCCCUCCCUGCGGACAAACUCGUGGAAAUCAUCAGCGAUGAUGACAUUAACGUGACGACGGAGGAGACGGUGUACGAGGCGUGCAUGGAGUGGUUGCAGCACGACACCGACGGCAGGCUGUUGCACCUCGUCGACAUCAUGAACUGCGUACGUUUUGCCAACAUCAGCUCCUAUUACUUCUGUGAUCGAAUCGACACGUGUUCGUUGUUGUUGGAGAGAGAGGAGCUACGCAAGACACUGGACAUGAUUAGGUAUUACCACAUGUUGAAAAAUCGGCAACAAGAAAUGGACUUGAGUUUGAUGCCCCGUCGGGGAAUGGCGUACGAGAGAGGUGUCAUGAUCAUUGCAAACCCUUAUACAGAAGACGCUCUCAAGAAAUACAACAGUAUGGAACUAUUGAUGCCUAAGACAGGGGAGGUAAUCCAUAUCUGCAAACUGCCACAGAGCCUCUACACACCAGGUUGUGCUAUAUCCGGAGACAACCAGAUUUUCCUGGCAGGCGGGGCGAUCAGGAAGAUCAACUACCGGGGGUCGAUCACCACAGAGGGCGUGUCCAACAACCUGUACAUGUUCGACCAGAUUGAGGGGGCAUGGCAGACCAAGGCAAAGAUGCACAUGUCUCGUUCCCAGUUCUCUCUCACAGUCGUUGAUGGGUUCGCCUUUGCUGUCGGAGGCCAGGAUGGUGCGGAGAUACUGAGCAGCGUGGAGCGCUACGACCCCCACACCAACACGUGGAUGUUGGUGGCCCCGCUCCCACAACCCCUGCGCUUCACCACCUCACUCAGCUACCGCGGCAAGCUGUACGUGUUCGGCGGAGAAAACACCUCGGAGAUCAGCAGCAGUGCAUACAGAUAUGAUCCCGCGGAGGACGCCUGGGUGGAGUUACCUCCCAUGAAGAAGCCGCGCGUGCUGGCUGGCAGUGUGGUGUACAAGGAGAAGAUCUACGUCAUCGGCGGCAACUCCUGCAUCAGUGACAAAUGGCGGAAGGAGUAUCUGCCGGAACACUGUGUCAGCUCCGUGGAGAUCUUGGAUCCUGCUGAUGAGACAUGGAGCCGGGGACCGGAGCUUCCUAAUGCUCUGUGUGGAGCUGGUAUUGUGAAGUACAGCAACACCAUCCUGAUCGUGGGUGGUGAGGACGACAAGAGCUGGAUGGCGGGGCUGUGCUGGCUGAAGGAGGACCGGGGCAAGGAGUCGUGGGUGGAGGGGCAGGAACUCCCCACCGUCAUGAGCACCUUCGGCUGCGUCGUCGCCAACAUCCCGCACGAAGUUCUCAAGCAACAAUGACACAUCAUCAUCAUGUGCACACUCCAGAGACAGCGAUGGCGACAGUGUGCAGACAGUACAUGCUGAGCAGACGGCACAUGCUGAGCAGACAGUACAUGCUGAACAGACGGCACAUGCUGAGCAGACGGCACUUGCUGAGCAGACGGCACAUGCUGAGCAGACGGCACAUGCUGAGCAGACGGCACUUGCUGAGCAGACGGCACAUGCUGAGCAGACGGCACAUGCUGUGCAGACGGCACUUGCUGAGCAGACGGCACAUGCUGAGCAGACGGCACAUGCUGAUAACAUGACAGACACCUUGAAGACAAGACGGUGUAAAACAGCUGACACAACAAAUACAUACACAAUAAAACUGUGAAUGCAGGUCACAGAUUUUGUGCAGACACAGUGUUCUGUUUGACUGUCAAUACAGCAGACAUUGUGCAGUGUGGAAGUAGUGUCGUUCUAAUGUCAUGGAGUGUCAUGCAACAUGUAUUUCGAACACAGUGGAAACGAUUGAUAUGGUGUUGUAGGAUUGAUAUGGUGUUGUGCGAUUGAUAUGGUGUUGUGCAACAUGAAUCCAUGACACAAUGCAACAUUGUUAACAAUGGCAUUUAUUGUAAAGAUGUGUAACCUGAAAUCCUGAUAUUGAUUAUAAACAAAGUGCGAUGCGAGGAGACUUUCUGACAUGAAAUGAGUUACAAACAUGACGUGGUCACAAUCGACCUGAAAGUGUGAAACAUUGACUGCAACUCAUCUCAUGAAGCUCAUGAUGCCUACAAGUGACCUGCAGUCUGUGGCACUGAGCACAGUGGGGCCCUUGAUUCAUUCUUGCAUGGACACAAUCAUUGAGUCAUAGAAUCGAGUAGAGUCCAGAAAGGACUAUCUUGUGGACUACCACUUUUAUCCUUAGGUAGAUGGCAGCACUCGUGAAAAUAGAUAUUUAUUUCUAGUCCUAGUCUGGAUGAAUUCACAAGUGUCAUUAUCAAGAAUGAUGUCAUCAAAAGCAGUGUCAUCAUCAAGUGGACUGUCAUUGUCAUCAUCAGGACAGUGUCAUCAAGGGCAGUGUCAUCAUCAAGUGGACUGUCAUUGUCAUCAUCAGGACAGUGUCAUCAAGGGCAGUGUCAUUGUCAUCCUACACGUGCUUGUGAGUUUCACCAAAGUGGUAAACGCUGGAGAUCUACAUCAUUUUCACAUCAAGCUGACCAGCCGUGACAUAACUAGUUCAAAGCGGUGUUAAACCCAACUCACUGACUCACUCAUUAUCAUCAGGACCUGAAGCUGUAGAUGCAAGGGUCUUUGUUCAGAUGUCACUCACUGACUCACUCAUUAUCAGCAGGACCUGAAGCUGUAGAUGCAAGGGUCUUUGUUCAGAUGUCACUCACUGACUCACUCAUUAUCAGCAGGACCUGAAGCUGUAGAUGCAAGGGUCUUUGUUCAGAUGUCACUCACUGACUCACUCAUUAUCAGCAGGACCUGAAGCUGUAGAUGCAAGGGUCUUUGUUCAGAUGUCACUCACUGACUCACUCAUUAUCAGCAGGACCUGAAGCUGUAGAUGCAAGGGUCUUUGUUCAGAUGUCACCAACCACAUAGUUCCUUCAUCACCUGGUACUCAGCCAACAUCAAUCUCAGCAACACAAGUACAGCGUGGUUACCAUGGCUACAGCUUCACAAACUUUUCACAUACUGACAGAAGUGUGUGAUGAGAGCCAGUGUGGUAAGAUUAGUGUGUGGGUGUGACAGUGUACCACUGUAUCACUGUACCAUGUAAGAUACGUAGAGAUCUGAUUAUUGUUUCAUUGUGGGCUGUGUGUGUUACUAGUGUGAAAGCGUUACCAUCGGACGACAAGGGAGAUAACUCCUGUGUAUGGGAGUUGUGUUUGCUUAUUGUCUUACAAGGUAUGUUCGCGUGUUUGUGCAAGAAUUGAUUUUGUCUGCCAGAUUGUAUUAUAUGCAAUAGCUAACUGAUAACCAUGGUUACAGCUGUGAUUGUGUGUCACAGACAGUAUUAUCAAUCAUGUAAGUGCAGAUCACAGAUAGUGGUCCAGUACUUUGCUUAUUGCCAAGUUUUUGUUUUCAGCUGUAUAUAAAUAUCCAAUGUCUUUCAGUGAAUUGUUUGGUAAUAUUAUACAUAUCAUUUGUAUCGAGGGCAGUCUAGCCAUUUGAUACUUCAUAACUAGAUCUGUUAUGCAUCUAGUCAAGAUAAGGUUUUCUAGGCAUUUCCCAAUGGCUGAAUAUUGUGUUUCACUGUCUUCUCAUGAUCACAUAUUUCCAAUGUCGCCACUCUAGAUUUCAUCUAUAUAUAUAAACAGUGAUGUUCAAGUUACUUCUGAUAUAUUUCUGAUGAACUUUUUACCAUGGUUACUCUUUGGCUUUUGCCCCCUUUAGAAAAUACCUGAAGCUGAUCACUCACCAAUCGUCUUCACUAAUCUGUCUCCAUCUGUAUGGUUUGUAAGUCAAAAGACGGGACUGGAAUCUUUCUGAAUCUCAUUCCACAAAUGAAGUGUCUUGAUUGUUUGCAUAUUGAUGGUGAAUGUGUUUGUGCGCUAUUCAAUUUUCAGUUCAAACCUUUGAAUGUUUUCAAUACUACUUUGAUGUCAGUUUGUGUUAUUUUUCCAGAGUCAGUUAUGCCAGUUGUGGACACUACUGAUUAUUGAAUUGCCAAAUUUGAAAUUAUAUAUUCAAAACAUACAUGGUCCUUCUCAGAACCCUGAUGUAAACAGUUGUAAUGUUGGAGUCCAAAUUUUACAAUAAUAUUGUAGACCAUCAAGUACCCCAGGGUAACUUAGCUCACCUGGUUAAUUAGCUCAAACCCAGGGUUACUUAGCUAACCCCAGGGUUUUUAAGCUCACCCCAGGGUUUAUUAGCUCACCCCAGGGUUACUUAUCUCACCUGGUUAAUUAACUCCCCCACGGGUUAAUUAGCUCACCUGGCUGAAAGUCAAGUGAGGUUAUGUUGCGGCAUGUUGUCUGUCCAGUUGUCUGUUCGUCCGACAUGGCGACCAUAUUGAAAAUGCCACUCUUGGCCUAACACAUUGCUUCUAAGCAUUUCAGUCAGUGGCUGCCUUCUAGUUCUCAUGAAUAUCAACAGAUUACCACGAUGUCUGCUGAUUAGGGAUGGGUAUUGGAGGUUUAAAGUAGAUCGAAAUAUUUUAUGAUGCCCAGGGUCGUAUUGCGUUACGUAUCACAAUAUAUUGCAUAGUUCUAAAUUUUUCAUUCAGAAGCAAUUUGAAACAGUAGUUUAUGAAUUGAAGUUCAUAAGUGGAACAAAACAAGAUGACGGUACAAAAUGUUUACUCAGUCAAUAAAAGGCAUGGAUGCAUGCUCUGGAUUCACACCCUGGGUUAGACUAACAUCUAGUCUCUGAAAUGAACAUAUUGUACAGAAAAAACAGUUGUUCAGUUAUCUUAAUAAAAUUAUUAUAAAAGGGAGCCCAGUGACUUCAUUUUCAGAUACUGCAGUAAUCAAGACUUGCCAAACAUUACAGACUUGCAUGGGCUGUAUUUGAUACAUAUUUGUAUCAGGGUCUGUAAGACAGACUAACCCUGGGUAUUUGGCCAGUGUAUAACAUACAACACAUGAUAAAAAUUGCCAUUUGAAAUUACCCGAUAUAUCAAGGAUUUAAAUAUGAUAUUGUGAUACGCAUCGCGGAGAGAGUGAACCUCAAUAGGCUGAUAUAUCGGUAAUACCGCACACCCUUACUGCUUAUCAUCAAUCAUCAUUUAGAGCCCUGGGCCUUGUGCCACAAAGCGAACACAGUAUGAUUAUCUCCAUUCUUCCGGAACUAAAUGAAACCCAACUCUUUGAUUUCAGUAAAUGUAGUGAGUGGGUUGAUUUUAGUGAUUUGAGUGGGUUGUCGAUCUGAAUUAUGGAAUCACCGACAACAGCCUGUAAACAAACUAGGGCACUGUAUAUGCUCAAGCAGUUUGUUUACACUGCAAUUCUUCACUCGAACGUAUGUAGCAUGGAAACUUUGUGCUAACAUGAGGUGGGCUCCCCAAAAGGCAUCCUCCCGAGGCAAGAGAGUUAACUGACUUUAAAAGUCCAGUUUCCACC